AUGAACUUCACCUCGCUAACAACUUUACUCUGUUGUCUCGCUGUCUCUGUUUCUGAGUUUUACACUGUGGAGGUUCAGCCUGCUCAACAAGUCACACUGCACUGCUCCAACUUUUCCAGUCUUCCCACUCACAUAUACUGGUUCAAACUGGCUGACAGAUCCAACUCCAGCUGCAUCUCCUCUAUGAUCACCCCUGAUGCCAAUGCUUCAUUAUGUGAUGGAUUUCAAAAUGGCAAAUUUAAUAUGACGUCCAACACCACCACCCUCUUUCUCAACAUUACACAAGUGGAUUUAUCUGACUCUGGACUGUAUUUCUGUGGAUUUAAAAUAGAAGGGAAUCCAGUUAUUGUCAGUGCAACAUAUUUAAAGGUUCAAGAAGUGUUUGAUGGAAUAAGGACAAAGUUGAUUGUGAUCCUGGUUGGUGUGACUGUUUUCCUCAUGAUAGUCAUCAUGGGUCUGCUUGUCAAAAUAAGGAAACUUCAUACAGCUCAAAAUAAGGGACAUAAUCCACAACACAAUGAGAAUCUGGGCACUGAUGACCUGAACUACGCAGCGCUGAGUUUUCAUCCAAAAGCUAAAACUAGAAGAAAGCCUGCAUCAGACAGAGAGCUGGAGACGAAUGUGAUUUACGCUGCCACCAGAUAG